CCAUAAAACUGUUUAACUGAAACAGAAGGACAGAAUGGCGACUAUGCAGACAACAAGGCCAUAACAGGCCUAAAUGCCUUGAUCGAGGAUGGGAAACUCUGAGAGCCAGUAUAGCAUCCAGGGCUCUAGAAGCAAUAGCUCUAACAUCCCUGGUAGACACAAACCUUAUUCUUUCAAGGGCCACUCUGCCAAAGAAGACAUUUUAUCACCUCUAGGCUUUUGGAAUGCUGGUUCAGGAUAUUCUGGAUUGAAGCCCAGAAACAUAGGCCGUGGCUCCUCCCCAUCAAAGGGCAACCACACCUUUAUGCCCCGCCAAUGUGACUACAUCACCCAUAAACUAAAGAGUGGUGCCAAUAGUCAGUGGAAUGGGGUUUCUGAGGACUUGUUGCCUGGUGGCUGCUUGACAUUGCCUUCUGAAAAUGGCUGCUUGUAUGGUAGUCACAAGGAGAAAAGGAACCCUUGUACUAAUUAUGCUAACACAAUGAAGAUGCUAGAGAAAAGUCCCAGGCUUGCAGAAAUUGAGGAUCAGAGCAGCCCCAGAGUCGUUAUAAACAAAGAUGGUAGUGUACGAGUGGAAUUCAACAACAGUUCCAACAGCGCCCUUAUUUUGGAUGAUUGCGCUGGACCAGUUCAACUCCUCAAGUUUUCCCCCACCUUAGAGUCCAAUUCUAGAUUAUCUGGUGUAACACCAUCAUUACAAGCCCAUUUUGGAGCUCCACAGGCAGUUGCCAGCUUCAAAAGCAGUAAAGGUAGCUCUCUGAGCUCAGAUGGCUCCUUGUACGACUUGCCCUGGGGGACUAGUGUUGAACUUCACGAUUCAGACAAUGGAUCCCCUAAUAGCCAAAGACCAAGUAUUUCAACAAAAGUGGGUUUUCUCACUGAGCAGUUGCCUGCCAUUACUAUAGCUGACCUCUACAAAGAUCCCAGAAUUGCUGCCACCUUCCCCAUGGUUAAGGAUUUGCAGUUUUCAAAUAAUAGCCAUUUAAAGCACAGGUCCUCCUUUGUGUCCGUGAUGGAGGAACUCUGGUCAGAGGGGGGCCAAGAGGAAAUGCAAUAUUGCUCCGUCACCCUACCUAGCCAGAAACCAAAGCCUUUUCUAGACAAUAAUGGAAAGAAAGUGUCCAUCAGGAACAGAUUUAGGCGUAUUAGUGACUGGACUGGAAGUUUGACCAGGAAAAAAAGGAAGUUUCAGGAGCCGAGAUAUACUGAGCCCGUCGAUUGCUUUGAUAGUGGUGUGGAUGGCCUCACUGCCGAUACCAGUUCUCCCUCUCAGGUCUCCAGCUUUCUGACGGUUCCAAAUGGCAUACCUCAAACCCACUCUCACUCCCUGUCACGGAAUACCCGCAGCGGCUCUGCUGGUGCCCUUCAUUUGGGUACCGAUGUUUUGCGGCAAAACAUCUACAAGAACUUCAUGAGGGAGCUGAAGACUAGUCGGCCUCCAGUAGAAUGUGGACGAGAAGAUUGGCGCGAGAGCUCCUCAGAGGAAAUAGAGAGCAAUAGUCAAGAAAUCCUCGGGUGUCUAGAGCAGCUGGACUUGCUUUUUGAGAAAGAAAAAGGUGUAGUUAGGUGGGCCGGAUGGCUAUCCUUCAAGCCCUUGCUUACUGUACACAAGGACCGCAAAUUAGAGCUAGUGGGGCGUCGGAAAUGGAAACAGUUCUGGGUCACUCUAAAGGGCUGCACAAUGCUCUUCUAUGAGACCUAUGGAAAAGCCUCUUCAGAGCCAGAGUCUCCAUUCUAUGCCAUAUUAGCAGAGGAUGGUGUAGUCCAGGCAGUUCCUGAGCACCCCAAGAAAGAGAACGUGUUCUGCCUCAGUAAUGCCUAUGGUGAUGUCUACCUUUUUCAGGCCUCCAACCAAACUGACCUAGAGAACUGGGUAACUGCCAUUCAUUCGGCUAGUGCAUCUUUAUUUGCGAAACGCUACGGGAAGGAGGACACACUGCGUUUGUUACAUGGACAGAUUCGUGGUCUUCUCCAGAAGAUCGACAUGGACAGCAAGAUGAGGAAAAUGGCAGAGCUGCAGUUGUCCAUUGUUGGUGACCCCAAAAAUAGAAAGGCUAUUGAAAACCAGAUCCAACAGUGGGAACAGAAUCUUGAGCGCUUCAACAUGGACCUUUUCCGCAUGCGCUGCUACCUGGCCAGUUUGCAAGGUGGAGAGUUACCCAACCCCAAGAGCCUGCUAGCCACGGUCAGCCGCCCGACUAAAGCUGCACUAGCCCGUCUGGGAAUCUUCUCCGUGUCCUCCUUCCAUGCAUUGAUCUGUUCCAGAGAUGAAGCUACUAUGCGAAAGCGUUCUCGGUCUCUGUCCCACCGUGGUUUCAGUAAGAAAGGGGUAUUUUCCUCCCUCAAGGGCCUGGAUACUCUUACAAAGCGAGGCCAUGAAAAAAAGCCUUCAGUCUCACAGGAUUUCAUUGAUUUGAGCUGCUGUUCUUACAGUGGUCUUCCUCAGGUCUUUGACACUGACGGUGAAGGGCAUCUAAAUACUAUUCCUCCUUGUAGUUUUGAGCGGUUAGGUAGUUUGGCUAAUGUUUACUCAAUCAUGCCACCUGAAGGCAGCCAAUGGGAUUGCAGCCAGGAAAACAUAACAUGCAUCUAUAUGCCGAAUUACCAGACUGUUACUGUUCUUCUGAAACCUCAUCACACCGUCACGGAUGUCUUGGCUGAGACCUGCAGGCUCAUGGGCCUGGACCCUAGCCUACACUGCUUAAGGCUGAGAAGAUGUGUAGGAGACAGGAUGGAGGUAUCAACUCCAUCAACUGAUGAGCUCCUGCAGGACUUGUCAUAUGACGAAUUGGAGGUCAGCCAGCUGAAUGUCUACACUCUGCACAUGUCUAGACCUAGUCUAACUGGAGACUUUGGCUUUGCUGUUACAGGCUAUGUAGACAACCUGAAAAACAGCCAUAUCGUUGUCAGAGAAGUUCUCCCUGAUGGGCUUGCUUUCAGCGAAGGUCUGAGGCCUGGUGAUGAGAUCAUGGUUUUAAAUGGUUGUGAGGUGUCUUCUCUGGACCUGGCUCUGAUACAGCCUUUAUUCAAUGAUCAGAGUCUGCAACUGACUGUGAAACGUCAUCCACCCUCCAUUCAGCACAAUACAGAUACAGCAAACACACAGUCUCUGCGCAGGGUUAACGUCCAAAACCACCAAAGAGCCAAGUCCUCAACAGAUGUAUCCUGUGUGGCAGAAAACUUAGGCUUGGCUGUAGAUGAUGGUCUUCAGAAUCAAUAUCACAACCAUCGAACAGUUCAGCACAGCAAGAGUGUGGAUACAGUGUGCUCGCUGUACCACUCCUUCCAGGGCGGCUCUGGUCUGAUGGAGGGCCAGGAGGAGCAAAGAGGGCCAGAGGCCCCCAUGCUCAGGCCCUGUCCACGUCAUAUGUCUGCCGCAGAGAGACUACGCAAGGUCAUCCAGGAAUUAGUGAACACAGAGAAAUCCUAUGUGAAGGAUCUUAACUGCCUGUUUGAAAUUUACCUGAAGCCCCUGCAAAAGGAGACCUUUCUCACCCAAGACGAGAUGGAAAGUCUAUUUGGUAGCCUUCCAGAGAUGCUGGACUUCCAGAAAGUUUUCCUGCAAACCCUGGAGGAGAAGAUUAAUUCCUUCCCCAACAUCAACACACUUGAGACCCCUGUACAAUUCAAGAAGCUGCUCUUCUCAUUGGGUGGUUCGUUUUUGUAUUACGCAGAGCACUUCAAGCUUUACAGUGGCUUUUGCGCCAACCAUAUUAAAGUGCAGAAGGUUCUGGAACGAGCUAAAACAGAUCGAUCCUUUAAGGAGUUCCUCGAUGCAAGGAAUCCAACCAAGCAGCACUCAACCACACUAGAGUCCUACCUAAUCAAACCGGUGCAAAGAGUACUGAAAUACCCCCUGCUGCUCCGCGAGCUGGUGUCUCUAACGGACACGGACAGUGAGGAACACUACCAUCUCACAGAGGCACUUAAAGAAAUGGAAAAAGUUGCAAGCCACAUAAAUGAAAUGCAGAAGCUCUAUGAAGACUACGGUGCAGUAUUUGACCAGCUGGUAGCAGAGCAGAGUGGCACGGAGAAAGAGGUCACAGAGAUUUCCAUGGGACAAUUCCUCAUUCAUUCCUCAGUGAUCUGGCUCAACCCGUUCCCAUCGCUGGGCCGUAUGAAAAAGGAUCCUGAUUUAAAUGUUUUUGUUUUUAAGAGAGCUGUGAUACUGUUGUACAGGGAGAACAACAAAGUGAGAAAGAAGAUGCCAACUUCAAAAUCAGCCCAUGGAGAGCAGGAUCCAUUCAAGAUUCGCUGGCUCAUUCCCCUGUCAGCACUACAAGUUAAACUGGGAAAUGCAGUGGACACAGACUGCAUCUGGGAGCUCAUCCACACCAAAUCACAGAAAGAGGGCAGGCCUGAGAUGGUGUUCCAGUUGUGUAGCAGUACCCCAGAAUGCAAAGGGAAUAUCAUCAAGGUGAUUCGCUCUAUCCUGCGGGAGAACUUGCGUCGAAACAUGCAAAGAGUUGAACAACAGCCUGAGAGAACAUGUAAAAAGCGACUAACUCCCCUUCGAAAAACUCUGCCAGCUUCUGCUAAGCUAGGUUCUUCCCGAGCCUUUUUGCUCUCCAAGCAGCCUUCAAAUGACAGUUCCAACCCCAACAAUGAUCCUCUGGGGCUGUCUCUACCAGAUUCAGAUUCAGCCAGUGUAAGCAGUGGAACCACCAGCAGUGCCAGCGCUCACCUGGAUCAGCCGUCUCGCCCGCAGCAGAGUGACUUCAAAGAAUCCAACAUCAUCAGUGACGAGGACAAUGAGACCAAUGACCAGCAGUGGCAAGACUGUCCCAGUGCAAUCGAGGCCCAGUUCUGCAGGCUUCGGCUGACCGAGGAGUCCUCCCAGGCAUCUGCUCCCCAUGUGCAGUCAGAGAGCGAAGAAGUGGACACUCCAGAAAGGCAGUCUGCUAUAAAGAGAGCUCACUUCAGCGCGCUAAAACGCAAGCCUGGCAGAGGCACGAGUAGCCUCAGACACAGCCAGGUGGCCCUACUGAACAUGCGUCGACAUAGCCACACUUUGGACAUGCAGACAGAGACAAUGGCAAAUAGCGUGGACCUUAACUCGCUACUGGAGAAGGAGUUCAGUGUGCAAAGCCUGACCUCUGUUGUCAAUGAGGACUUCUUCUAUGACAGCACCGCGGAAGCAAAAAACGGGGCUACUUCAUAAUGUCUAUCACCUGGCCACCAGAACAAAGCUUAGCAUGGCUUCAGAGCCUAUAUGUUUGACCUGGUGUUGAGCCACAUUAUCCCAUGCAGCCUUUCUAAAGUUAUUAGCCAAUUCAGGGAAGCAACUGAGGCCAGACAAUUCAUUUUCACCUUUUCUGGAACCACAGUUUGACAGACCUUCAUUCAAAAUGGUGUUAAGCGUUUCAUAAUUCUCCAUGAUCCAUAGCACUAAUUCACUGAACUGGCCACAUAGCAACUGUUUGCACCAGAGAACCAAAUUACCUGCCUUUACUCUUCUUACAUGACAUCCUGAUGCAAAACUAAGACCACUCUGCUCUCCCACACAAACAUACAAUGAACUAUCCAACUACAAGAACCGAAUUCUGUCAGGUUUUUCAUUUUGCCUUGUGCUUUGGACACUACAUAUGCUUAUUGCUUUAAAUUGAAGCAUUGCUUAUCUUUGUCAUGGGUUUGCUUUGUAUAAAACAUUUUAUUUAUUAGCAGGUUUCUUUUUAAAAAAUUUUAAUAGGAAUCCAAAAUGGGUUAAGACUUUGGCAGGAGAUCUUAACAGACAAACUAUCCAUACCCAGGGUUUAAUUUGUGCCGGAACAAGUCGGAUCCAGAUCCAGCACCUCAUUUGGCGGAUUCCCCUCCUCACACGCCAGUGAAAGAAGCUGGUGCAUGUAUAAUAAUGGUUAUGUCAAUAUCUUUGUCCCCUUUAAAUGUAAAAUGAUAAUAAAUAAAAGUAAGACAUUAAUUAUGUGUGUUAUCCAUGCCAGGUUUUGGGGGGUUUAUUUCCACGGCAAUAAACUACUGCUGUAAUUGGUGGAUACUGAUUUGUUUGUGCUUGUGUGUGAGGGGAGGGGAAGCUUCAUGCUUAAUUGGAAAUGUGGAACAAUAGCGAAUUCUCUUUUAUUUCUUUGUUUACAAAAAAUACUAGCUUUUUACUUCAUAAACAGAAUUAAAUCCUCAAAAUUUAAAAUAUUCCACACAAACACAGGUUUACAGGAUAAUUGCCUUUAUUUUCGUUAAAUACAUUUCUUAAUACAAUAUAUUUUAGCAUUUAAAUAAAAAUAAAAA